CACGAAGUGAAUGGAUGUAUCAUAUGAACUGAAAUGAGAUCACGUUCUUUUCUCCAUUUGAACCAUUUUAGAUACAAAUUCUCUGCCGAACUUUCGUUGUCAUUUUGCCUGAUUGUCGUCAUUCUUUACGAAUUAUUCAACAGUCAAGACAUAUGUGAAAAAGGUGAAUUGGCGACAUAUAAAAGCGAAAUUAUCAAAAAUAAUUCAUAUAUAUAUUCUCAUCACUAUAAUUACUCAAUGAGAGUUAGACUUGAUCAGCCUCACCCUGUUGUGAAAGGCGAUUUCAAUGAAUUUCAACAUGAUAUAGUGAGUUGACUAUAUUUUUUAGUGAGGUUGCUUAUGCAUAUGUUUGCAUCUUUUUAGACAGUUACACCACAAUUCCCAUUUCAAUAUUUCGAGCGUCCCGUCAAAUAUUUUGAGCUUAAGUAUGGGCUUAGAAUCGUUAUGCGAGAGGUACAAGUCCUCGGACUGGUUAUGUUUCCUGAUAUAAGCGACAAUACUCGUGAAUUUAAGGUCUUGGAGACGCAGGAAUUAAUCGCUGCCAAAUGGUCUAUCAAAGAAUCCAUAAGAUAUCCUGGACUAGUUCCAGCUAACAUAACUUGUCUGAUAUAUCCAAGUGGGAAGAUAUCUAUCUAUUUUGAGGACAUUCCUACGAAAAUCGACAAAAGUAAGAAGCUUGCGUUAAUGGGGGGAUCAAUUUAUUGCUCAGAAAUUGCCCAUAGGGAUAAGAAAGAUUUGGAAAUUCGUAUUCCUACAGAAUUGAUCAAAAGUCGCACGUUAGUGGAGUUUGAAACCAUCGGGAAAGUUUGUGGAAAAUACGACUGGAGUGAAAAGUGCCGACUCGCAUCAACAGCGAAUACUAUAUGUAUUUGGUGUGAAAGAGCUAAGAAGUGCAUCGAAAGUAAUGAUCAGAGUACACAUCAAGUUAAAAUAAAUGAAUGCCGAGCUGAGAAAGCUGAUAUGAAACCGUGUAUUUAUGUGGAUUGUUACGAAAUGCUGAUGAAACCAGUUUGAGUGAAGAAACUGCGAAAUAUGUUUAUUAUUUAUUGAGAAUUCGCAGACUCCCAUUGCUGAAGUCGAGAACAUGGAUUUCUGCUGAGAUAUAUGCAAUCUGGAUGAAUUGCUUCAAUAAAGCCGUCAAUCAUAAACUUAUUGAUUCACAUUCGGAUUGUAGUUCGAUGUGACAUUCGGAACACAAAUUUCAUCACACAAAUGGGUCGUCAAUUAGUUGUAGGAUAGUGUGUACUUAUCACAUCGAUUGUAGAAUCGGUAGAAGAUGUUCUAAAUGAUUGUACAAAUGCAAAUUGUGUAACUGUUUGUUGGACUCCCUACUGACAAUGGUGAAUAAUGAUAAUCAAAUUAAUUGGGUAAUAUCUGAUGUUCAGUGAUUAAUGCUACUAUUUCGUUUAUUCAGGAGGGCCCGGAUGUCAGCGAUUUGAGCACACCAACACCAAUCAAGCACAAUGAAACAACUUUGGCAAUCACCGAAGUUCAAGUUAAUGAAAACUUGAAAGAAACUACCGAAGUAACUGACCAACACUCGAAUAUGACAACUCAUAUAAACAAAGAGAAUAACCGGAACAAUUUACUUCUGUACUUAUUUAUUGUGGUACUUCUGCACUUUUUCAUCUCUGUUCUACGUAUCGGUUACGUUAUUUGGAGAUGGUUGUGUAAGAAAAAGAAAAGCGAAGAUUGAUUUUCAUAAACGCUUCGUAUCUUGUUUUUAUUAUUCUGACCACGAUGUUUUUAAUUUGUCAUUCAUUAGAAUAUUUUAGACUUCAUUAUUCAUUUCAAUAAUUUGGACAAUUUCUUUAAAGGAACUAUUCAUUUUCUUAUGCGUAUUCACAUAAUAACUAAUGUAAUCUUCUUGAUAAAAAUAUCUAACAUGGUUUUUGAUAUUUUCAUGUAUUCGAAACUGCACUAUUUCACAAGGGUUCUACAUUAUUUUCUUCUUGAUUUAGUACUAUGUUUUAUACGUGAUUUUGUAAUCAUUGCAAACAACAAUUAAUGCGUUGUGAAUGUUCAUUUGAAUAAAGUCUCACUAUUGGAAAAUAUCAUUUGGAAUU